AAUUUAUAAUGGCAACCACUUUUCUAGUUGAAUCGUACUUCGUAGUUGUGAUAUUUUAAGGAUUUAAAAUUGUAUUAUUGCAAUUUUAUAAAGAUUUUUUUAAUUAUUAUUCACAUAAUUUUCUAACAAACAUUGUCUAUACAAUUCAUAAUUGCUUCCAGUUUCCUAUCAGUAUUAUUAUUUUUUGCGUAAAUGGCUCCUGAUAUUUUCUAAUUGCAAGCCCUGAUUUUGUUUACAUUGCGCGGUGAGAACAUCCCACAGUUCAAAGGUUGCUUCAUCUGACGUUUUCUUAAUGCGUUUUUCCUGAAUGGUAGACAUAAAAUCAGUAAGCGUGAAAGGAGAUAUACAUCGCCGAAAUUGAGUUCUGUUUCAUCUUAGAAUAUAAGCUUAUGAAUAAGCAUUUUUAGAAUGUCUGCUGCUAAAAUUGGCAUGAGGUUUGCAAGGGUUGUUGGUCGUUUUCUCUUUGCCAGUUUUAUGGCAAUUGCGUUUGUUUUUAGUGGAAUUAUCAUCAACUUCUUACAAUUUUUGUUGUACAUCACAUUGUUCAACAGGUUUCGAAAUUUCUACAGGAAGAUUAAUUACUACUUAAUAUAUACUACAUGGGCACAAGUUGUAGCUUUUGCACAGUGGUGGUCAGGGUCUAGAGUCAGAAAAUGGGGUGCAGAAGAAGAUAUAAAGAAAUUUGGGACAGAACAUUGUUUAGUUAUAAUGAAUCAUAAAUAUGAUACUGACUGGCUAUAUUGUUGGAUGACUUGUGAAGAUUUGGGAAUGCUUGCGAAUGCAAAGAGUUGUGCUAAGAAAUCAUUAAUGAAGAUACCAGUGAUAGGAUGGGGCUGGAUAUUUGGUGAAAUGAUAUUUCUAGAAAGGAGUUGGGAAAAAGACAAAGUCACUUUAGGUCCUAAACUUGACAACCUAGUUUCGUAUGAAGAUCCCAUUAUGAUCUUAUAUUUUUGUGAAGGCACCCGAUUUACUCCAGAAAAGCACCAAGCUAGUUUAGAGUUUGCUAGGGCUAACAAUUUACCUAUUUUGGAGCAUCAUCUAUCUCCACGCACUAGAGGUUUCAACUUUACUGUGAAGCAUUUAAAAACUAAAAUUGCUGCUGUCUAUGAUGUGCAGUUAGCAUUUCCUGAUGGUCCAGUGAAACCAACAUUUGCCAACAUGUUAAAAGGGAACAGUUUUAACGGAGAUAUCCACAUAAAAAGAUAUCCAAUGAGUGAGAUUCCUACUGACUCAGAUGAAGCUUCGUCUAAAUGGUUGCAUAAUUUAUAUGUUGAAAAGGAUCGACUAAUGGAUAAUUAUUUUAAAACUCAAAGAUUUCCUGGAGUAUGCAUUAAAGUGAAACCAAGGAUUUUUCCUCUAUUGAAUGUUAUAUUUUGGUCAGCAGUUGUUGGAGUACCAUUUUGUAGGUUGCUGCUAUAUAUUCUUGUAAAUGGCAGCUUAUUUGCUAUAUCUGCUGUAGUAAGCAUUGCAAUGUUAUUUUUCACCAUCAUGUAUUACAUGGUAAGAGCAACCAGUUCUGCCAAAGGGUCUUCCUAUGGGAAAGAUAAAUCACCCAAGAGAAUAAAUAAUGGCUCAGUCAGCCAUGAGAGUGCCAAUGGUAGUGCUAAUAGUAUCAGUGAUAUCCCAGUGAGUGAAUCUUCCGAAACAGAUUCAAUCGGAAAUGAGAACUCUGAUACUGUUGAAAGCAAUUCUUAGUUGUUUUUUAACGUGAUUUUCUUUUACUCCUUGUUUGAUAAUGGAGAAUAAUUUAUCUAUUUUAUAAUAAAAAUUUUUAGUUGAUGGAACAUUCUGCACUCGAAAGCGAGUCAAUGUGAAUUGUAUAUAUAAUAGUUAAAAACUGUGUUGCUCUUGUGAUAAAGAGAGCAACGAAAAAUUGAUUGAAGUUAUGAGUGUCGCCCUUAGCAUCGCUUUCUUCCUCUUUGUUAAUGCAUAAGCUGAUGUGUUCACAGUGAUGAAUUUCUGUAAAAAUCAUUUGUAAAUUUUUUAAUAUUUGGAUUUUUAAAUGUAUUUUAUUACUGUUUUGGAGUACUUAAGUCAUUUUUCUAUUGUCCAAAUGUUAAUUGAAUUGCAAGUGAAUGUUUGCAUGACUUAACAAUGCGUGUGUGGCACAAUUAUUUUGAUGCAAAAAAUAUCCCAGGGUUGGGAAGUUUUUGAUGGUUUUUACCGGGGUUAUGCCAAUUGACAAAAACCCUGUGUUAAAAACUGGCAUUAAAAAUUGUCAAAAGCCUUAAAAAAUUGAUUUUUGAAUUGCUCUUUUUAUGUAAAGUUUAAAUUGUAAUACUAAUUUUCUUAUUUUUAACUUAUAUUAAAAGUAAAAGUUUUGAAUAAAAAAGAUCUUUAUUACAAUCUAGAAUUGAAAUAAUUUAAAAAGAAAUAUUUGUGACUUAACAUUAGAAUUCUAAAGUGACUAGUGUUCAUACAUAUACUAAUUAUAGACUACUAAAUACUAACAAAAGAUCUGUUGAAAGCUUUUUAUCAGUAUAAUUGACUACUAUUUUUUUAUAUAACUUUGGAAUGAGGGUAUAUUAGUUUCUACUUUGAUAUAAUUAUUGUUAGUUAUGUAUUUAUAUAUUAGUAUUAUGUUAGAAUAUAUUUUAUUUGUUAGUUUCAUGUAUUAAAUAUCCUUUUAAAAUCCUCAUAAACAUGAUUUACGGAGUUGAUGGACAUUAUUAUUUUCUGAUGCUCUUAAUAGUUUUGAAGGUUUUAACCAGUUUUUGACAGUUUUAACCAGUUUUUGACGCUUGUUAUAUCAAAGACCCAACCCUGAAAUAAGUCUAUUUUCCCCUUUCACGAAAUGUACUGGUUUGUGUUUGCUAGUGAAAGUAUUUCUGUGAUGUUAUCUCAAUGUUGAUAAAUGUAGCCAACAAUGUAGAAUAACUUUUCCAAUAUCUUUUCUAUGUGCUCCCAUAUGCAUGAUGUCUUCCUUCAUUAUUUAAAAAGAACUUCAGCUUCAUUCAUUUGGGGAAUGCUUACAGUUAUAAUUUUAUGCUUUCAGUUUUUAUAUCUUUUUUUCUUCAUUUAUAUCAAUAUGAACAAGUGCCUUAUAAAUAUUUAAUUCGUUUUUGUUUGCUAGAUAAGCUUGAAAAUUAGUGCAAAAUUUAGUUUAUUUUUUGUGUGUUUUUUCUUUUUUAAUAGUUUUUCUUGUGUUUUGAAAUUUUUAUUAGUUUAAGGAAAUAUAGUAUUAGUUUAUUAAUUAAUUGGCUAUGCUUAAUUAAUGUUUAAUAUUACUAAAUAUUACGGUACCAUUUUAGGUCAAUGAAUAUUUAUCUUUUUGGAAUUUUAUUGCUUCAUAGCGUGUACAUUGAUUUGAAUUAGCAUUAGGAAAUAAAUUUAUGUUUUUUAGUAGAAUGUGAAACAAAGUUGGAAUGAUUUAAUUUUGUAGUUUAGAACUAUUGUAUGUGAAUUAAGUAUUCAAAGCUCAAAACUGUUUACUUUCAUUUGAAUCCUGUUUUGAUCUCGAAACUUAAAAAUAUUUUGGCACCUAAGAAACCUGUAAAAUUUAACUAUUUUUGUCAUUUUUGUUUUCUUUUCUUUCAAUAUCUAUUACUUUUUCUUGUUUGGUACCGAGUAAAAUGCUAAUAGUUCUAUAGUAAGGGUGCACAUCAUUUUUGGAUAAGCCCCCCCCUCCAAUUGAAGGCUUUCAGAGGCUGCAAUGAACUUUUUAUAUCAAAUAGUAAAAGUUUCUAAGUGUAAUAAAAUCAUCAUCAAUUUAUCUUAUAAAUGAAAAGAAAUAGUAAAUGUAAAAUUUAUUUGAUUAAAAAAGUUAAAAUUUAAUGCAUAUUGUUUUUUUUUUUUCUUAAUAAAUGCCAUGUUUUUGACUGGAAAAAAUAAUUUUAUUGUUUUUUACAGCUCAUCAAUUACUUUCAGAUUUUAAUUUUAAAUUAAAUAAGUUCUUGAACUAAAUUUGCUCUGAACAUGUUUUUGUUUAAAAUAUUUUGCUGACAUAGUAACAAUGCCGUACAAUAAUGGUACUGAAACUAGUUCAAAAUAUUGUCUCUGAGAGAAAAAAAACAAACAUUUUGAGACAUUUUAGUCUUUUGUCAUAUUGUAUUAGUACAUCUACAUAUUUUCUCCUGUUAGCUAAGCAGUUUUUUAUAAUCUUCGGGUAAAAGGCAGGGAGCAACUUGGUCAUAGACUAACCCUAGAGCCAAAGGUUGUGCACUCCUGCUCCAUAGAAUGUAUUUGGUUUUAGUUUUAGGCUUUGCAUAAAAUGCUUUAGGCCUUGCAAAAUUUUUUUUAGGUUAUUUGGCUUUUAUUUUAAAUUGUAAGAGUUUUAAAUGACUUAGUUCAGAUUCUCAGUAGAGAUGUUAUUAUGAGUAAACAUUGUAUUGUAUAUUGUGUUAAAAUAUUUGAUUAAUUUAUCAGUGUUCUACUUCCAAUCAAAUAAAGGUAGCUAUUUGUAAUUUUUGUAUUUUAUAUACUUAGAAAUAAAAUUUUUGAAUUCUAUGAAUACCUCCCAACUUAGCAAAUUGUAUUUUCUCCAUUUUUACCAAUUAAAAACAAAAUUUUAAAGAGGGUCAUUGUUUCAUAAUCAAGUUUUUCAUGUGUGAUUUUUAAAGUAAAAUUUUACAAGAAAUUUGUUAUUUUUUUCCAGUAAUGUUUGUAAAUUUUAGAAAGUAGCGUGAUGAAUUUCUGGAUUUAAAAAAUGUGGAUAUCAGAACUAUUGGCACAGUUAAUAUAUUUUAUAAAAAAAAUAUUUGUAGUAAAAUUUUAUCUUUUUUCUAAACAAAGUAAUCUAUUUAUAAAUGCUUGUGGAAUAUUUUUUGAACAACAAGUACAAAUUUCCUUUAUGGAUUGAUUUUAUGAAUAUAACAUUAUAUUAUUCUAAAAUAUGUUUGAAAGAAUUUUUUUCUAAAAAAAAAAUAUUGAUAAUUUUAGAUGAGUAUUAGAUUAUUGCUUUGUUCUCCUGGAGUGUAAGCUCCUGUUAUAUUUCACUUUUUUUUAAUGAUAUUUCUUUUCAUGAUGCAAAUAUUUCUAUAUUUCAUGCUCUCUGCUUUAAUGUAAUUUUAUAUUUUUGCUGUGAAAAUCUAUUUAAAAACUUUUUCCACUGAACUAUAAAUUUUAAAAUUGUAUUGUAUAAAUUAUUUAAGAAAUAUCGUGCAAUUUGAAAACUUUUUUAAGUUUUUCAUGUGUAUAUUUUUUUCCACGUUAUGUCACUAGGAAGGAACUUUAUUGAAUUAUAUUAAUUUUCCUUAUGAAAAUGCUUUUUUCCUUAAGUGUAUUAAGUGGACUUAUUGGUGGGUCCAUUGACAGUUCAUUAUAACUGGGUUCAACUGUUUCUACUUAUUUAGUUUGCACAGUUGUUGUGUAUCAGUUAAUUUUCUUAUGUAUUAUAUUUGUCUUCUUUACAACUAUGUACAUGCAUGGAAAAAAUAACUCCUUUUUGUGAUUCAAGAUCAUUCGUUUUUUAAUGAAAUUUUGCUCUUUCAGUAGAACUAUCUACACAAAUACUCCGAUAGUUGAAUAUCAGAGAUGCCAACUUGCUCCGGACAGUGAGUUAAUAUUUUUGAGUGGUAGUUUAUUUAUUGUGAUUCUUGGUUUACUAAAUUCAAUUUAUUAGGUUUUUAUCCACCACUAUUUCUAAAGAAUUCGAAGGCUUAUAUAAUUCGCCACUUUGUUAUCGGUAAGUCAUGCAAAAUCUUUUACAGAUGAAACAAAAUUAGUCAAAUAUUUGCAAAUUUUAGUUUGUAUUUAUUUACCCGUCUUUUAAAUUAUUUGGGCCUGUCCGGAGCAGUUGGCAUCUCUGGAGUAUCUGUUAAAAAAGGUACUUUUUAAAAAGAUUAUUAUUUCAUUAUUCAUAUCAGAAUUACUUCAUAUUUAUUAAUAGAAUAUGAAUAAUUUUUUUUUCUCAUUUUAUACUGUUUUCCCUUGUUUGUUUUAACUGUUAGAUUUUUGUCACUUAAAUCUUGUUUUGAAAUCUGAUAGCUACUCUGAAUUUUUUCCCCUUCCUAUCUCAAAGUAAUUUAAAUAAUUAGAAUUCGAUUGUAUUAUCUAUGAUAUAGUUGUACAUAUAAUUUUUAUUUAAUAAGUGAACUACUAUCAGCUUUUGCAGAUUGUUAAUUUGUAUAAACAUUUUGUUUUGAGAUGUAAGCUUUUGCACUAUAUUAUAUAAACACUUCACAACUUUAUAUUCUUUAGGAAUAAUUGUUAUAAUGUGAAAAGAUAGUCAUUUUUACAAAUUUUAAAUAAAAAAUAUAGAAAUUUCACAUUUUACUAAUUAGGAAACCUCACAAUCAGUGCCAAAAUUUAAUCAUAAGUGAAAUCUAAAUUUUUAUAAAUAUAUUUUUUUUAGAAAAAGAUAUUUAAUCUUUUAUUUAAAUCUAAACUUAUCUAUUUGCUCAUAACUAUUGGUUUUACAUUGACUUUUGUGCAUACAGUCAAACCUAGAUAUCUCAACGAAAGAAAAAAACUUUUUUUAAGAAAUAUUUUUGUUACUUCCGUAUCACCAAAUAUUGCAACUGAGAUAUGUAUUUUUCAUUUUUUUCAUAUUUUCAGAAUGACGUGCGUAGGUGUUUCAAAUUUGCCAAAUAUCGGAUAGUCCAUGUUAUCGAGGUUUGACUCUGUAUGUAAUAUGUGAAGAAUGUUUUUUUUUUAAUAGGUCAAGUCGUAUAAUUAUCUGUAUCACAUAUAUUAGAUUUUUUUUAAAGUUAUUUAUUUUUUAUAUUUUAGCAAUUCAAAUCUCUUAAUGUUAGAAGCAUAAUAGUUUAAUGUGAUAAUGCUUGUAAUACUUUAAGGAUUGGUGCAGUGCAUCUAAACCCCUGCCAAUUAUCCAACAUUAAAAAAAGAAAAUAUUGAUUUUCAAAUGUUUCCUAAGUUGACUCUAAGUCUUGUUUUUGGCUCAAACAUUUUUUAACUGCUUUUAAAUUUAUUGAAAUAAUGUUGAAUUCAUUGACUGUCUCUACUACUAAAUUGCAGAAUAUUUUAUGAAUUUUUUUUCUAAUUAAAAAGAGUAUCAGAAAAAUAUCCCCGUAUAAUUUAAAACAAUGUAAUUUUUAAGGAAAAAAAAUGAUAUUUAUUUGCUUAGAAGUUUUACUCUAAACAGUCAGUCUCCUUUUUUUUAUGAAUUAAUUGUUAAUAUUUAUUCAAUUUCUAUAAAUUGAGAUCUGUAUAUUCUGAUGAAAUGUUUUUUAUUAUUGAAGAUUUGGCAGGAGUAAAUGCACGCUACUUAAAGUUUCGUCUUUAAAUAUAUUUAUCAAUUCUUUUUUUUUUUUCCAUCAAUGUGUAAUUUCCUCUUGAAUUGAAAACUACAGAUAUUUCAUUUCAUAGACACAAUUUAUUUUUCAAUUUACUGUGUAAAUAAUAUUUAUUGAAAAUUUUAAUGGAAAAAAGUACACUAAAACAUAAUCAAUGUUUAUAUUUUAUAUUGUCAUACAAAUAAAUAUUUUACAAUAGGUAAAAUUUUAAACUCAAAUUUAAAAUUAGUUAUAGUAAACCAACGAUGAGCUUUAAAUGAGAUGUUGGUUGUUUUUUUUCUAGAUUGAAAUGAAAAAUAUUAUUUUCACUGAAACAAAAUGAUAUAAGUUUCUUUUUAAAGCUUUUGUAAAAUUCAAUAUUUUCAAUGCCAAAAUUUUUGGCUUGUGAGAGAGUCAAGCUUGCCAAUUUCAAAUUUUGUAACAUGACUUGACAUGCAUCCUAAAUGUUUAUGAAAUAUUGUAUAUCCUGUUAAUGUGAUUGUUAGUUGUAGGUAUACUCUUUUUUGUAUGGAUGUUUUCCAUUGAGAAAUUUUUACAGUGUAAGAAAAUUCCCCUAUAUUUUGUAAGCCAGUGUUAAAUAUUCAAUAUUGUAGAUCAUAGUACUACUAGUGUUAUCACUUAAUCAGGUGUUCUGAAUAUGACAGAUGAUUUUAAUUAUAAUUUGCUGUGUUCUACCUAAGAAACUGGAAAUUUUAUGCUCACCAAGUUUUAAAAUUAGUUACAAAGUUCAUCAAUUGAUGGCACCACUGUUUAGAAAAAACUAAUUAACUAUAAAGCAAUGUUUUCUGUUGCAUAUCAGAUUAUUUCAGUAAAAAUAUUUGCAGAGGCGUCUGUUAUUUUUGUAAUUUACAUAAUUUCACGAUUUAUUUUUUUUCUACUGGUAUCAAAAAUUAUUGCAUUAAUAUCUUAAUAUAUUACAAUAGAAAAAAUUGACUCCGUAACUACAUAUAAAUAACUGAAACAGAUGUAUGAAAAAGGUCAGAAAGACUAGAAAAUGUGUUCUAAAGUCUGAAAAAAAUUUUAUCAAAAUUCCAUUUGUUUUAAAAAUUUGUUGCAGUUCUCAACCAAAGGAAAUACUAUUUCACAAGAACUGCAAGUGUUAGAAAGGGGAUAUUCAUCUUGUUGCUGCAAACAAUUAUUUUGAAAACAUUGUUUUAUGAAUUUUUCCAGUUAAGUUGAACUUUGUUACUAAUUUUGAAACUUGGAAAAAAAUUAAUGCUUUUGUUUUCGAAGCAGAAAAACGAAAAACCAUACUGCUUAGUUGAUUUUUUGAUCAUUCUUUUUUGGACACCUGGUAUGUUUUUAAUUAUUAAGAAAGUUAGCAUGUUGGUUUAUUCUUGUCUGCUGAAUUUAAAUUUUAGCCUUCUGUCAUAAAAAGGUCAAAUCUAUUUUUCUGUGAAAACACAUUUGAUAUGAGAAUUAACCUUUUUAUUGGACCUUUUCAUUUUUUUUAUGCAGAAUAUUUUUUUCCUUACCUAUCAAUUAAAUAUCACAUUUUUGUUAGAGAAAUUUAAGUUAUAUAAUAAGCUAAUAACCUGAAAUAUUUUUUUGUUUUCCUUUUUUUUCUUUGGUUAUUUCCUGAUGAUAUUGCUCAACUUGCAUUACUUCAACACUAGAAUAGCAAAUAAUUUAGCUUGACCCAACUAACAGUUAGUAGUUUAUUUGACAGCAAAUUAAUUAAAUAAGUAAAAAGUAAAUCAAGACAAAUAAAAUUAUGUAGUUUUGGAACUGAUAGUAUGAUAAUAAAAUGGAAUGGUAUGUUUGAAACAAUUCAAAAAGCAAGUAACACAAUUUCAAAAUAAAGUAAUUCUUAUUGUAAUCGUCAAAACAUAGUUUUAUGUUCUAUUUGUCAUUUUUAUUUGUUCUCUACCCCCUCAAAAAAUAAAAAAAAAUAAAUUUCCUAUAGUAGUCUUUUUGAAGUCUGUUUUUCUUAAUCUAGGUAGAUUUUUUAAUUUUGGCACUUACAAAAACCUCCAAUUUUCUCAUAAUUCGUAACUUCUACAAAAAGUGUAGAACUCUCAAAAACAAAGUCAACUAGUACAUUUUUUUAAUGAUCUUAAAAAUGAUUUUUCUAGUGUUAAAGAUUUAAUGCAAGUUGUGUUAAUUUUUUUUAAAUUGUAAAUAAAUAAAAUAUACUUUUAUUAAUUUCUUUUAUAAUUUUUUUGUAUUGAAAAAUUUUUUAAGUUCUCACAAGAAUCAACAUGACGUUUGAUUUUUAUAAUUCUUAAUUUUAUUUAUGUUUUAAAAUAGUGAAAAACAAAAUAUUGUAAUAACAAGAAUCCGAAAAAAGUAUGUUUCUUUCUUUAUAAUAUUUUGUUAUUAAUUAUCAAAAGGCUUAGUGAUAUUUGUUUCAUUAUUGAUGUAAACUAGUCAAGGGAAUUAAAAAUAAAAGAUUUUUGUUUUUUAAAUAUUGAGGUAAAAGCAUUUUGUAUGUCAAUGAUGCAAUGUUAUACAGAUUGAUUCUGUUUUUGAUACUUCUAAUGCUUUUCACUUGUUUUGUUUGAUCCUUGGCACAAAAUACUGUUUUUUCUUCCUAACUUGAGAUGAUUUUGUAUGUCUUCUGUCUUAUGUGUUAAACUGUGAAACUAUAGAAUAAAAGUUGUUUGACAAAAAUGUA